AAAAUAUAAAUCUUUUAUAACUAAAAUAAAAUAAAAUUCACAAAUCUUCGGAUUCUCCAUCUCGCUCGCACACUCUUUCUCUGGUUUCGUCUGAAAAUUCCACACUCUAGAAUGGCAUCCAACAGUGGUCAAGGUGGAAUUCAACAGUUGUUGGCUGCUGAACAUGAGGCACAGGCAAUUGUGAAUGCUGCGAAAAAUGAAAAAUAUGCUAGGCUGAAACAAGCCAAAGAAGAGGCUGAAAGGGAGAUUGCUGAACAGCGUACUCUUUUGGAAAACCAGUUUCAACAGAAAUUAUCAGCGAGCAGUGGAGAUUCUGGUGCUAAUGUCAAACGACUUGAGCAAGAGACUGAUACGAAAAUCCAUGAGCUGAAGACUGAGGCUGCUAGAAUUUCAGGAGAUGUUGUUUCCAUGCUUCUCAAAUAUGUUACAACUGUGAAGAACUAAAGUCCUUGACAAUAUAUUGCUGCUGCGAGCUCUCAAAUUAUGCUGAAUAUUGUCUUGUGUUUUUGGUGACUCUAGAGUCUGGUACAGAUAGAUUCUUGUUUAAGUUACAAUGCUUAGUAUUUUGCUUCUAUAUAUUCAAACAUUAUUUCAAAGUUCGAUAAAAUAAAUUAUUUAGCGUGAUAGGCAUGCCCAUAUGUAUCACCGUUUCAACAGAGGUGUGUGAGGAUCGUUAUGUCAGUGCGUAUUGAGUAAUGCCGGAAUGAAUGGUUUAUUCUUUUAUAAUAGACACUAUCAUAUGAAUCAAUGAUUUAUUAUUUUCCUACCAAA